CACCACGCCUGUGCGAAACUCCUCGGUAUUAUUCUCUCACCGAUUCUACUCUUUUAAUAUCCAUAAAAGUAACGGUCCAUUGCUAAUUGGUACUUCUGUAAUCACCAGUGUCUUGCGCAAAGAAUUUGAUUGACUUUUCCGAGGAAUGUGGAGGUUAGGUUAGGCUGCGGAGGCGUAAAUAAAAGCGCGAUGAAGCUGUGCUGGCUCGUGCUGACGGUGGCGGCGGCGGCCGUCGCCGACGAGGCAGCCGACCCCGAAGGCUUGCUGGAACCCAUCGCUGAGGCGGCCGGGGACUCCGAGUAUUCCGUGUACGUCGGCCGGUGGACCGAGUGCGGCCCUUCGGCCAGCGACCACGUCAGAGCCGUGGAAAGAUAUAAUCUCAGACCAGAGUCGGACUCACUAGUGCACACGCCCCGGCUUGGGCUGCAAAGGCGACAUGUGCAGUGCCGCCAUAAGGAUGGACGAUUCGUCGAGAGCAUGUACUGCGGCUCGGCGCUGGCCAGCAUCGGCAUACUCCGCGUGUGCGUCAUCAAGGAAGACUGCUCGCUGGGCGAGUGGCUGCCGUGGCGGCCGCGCUCCGACGGCGCUCUUGUGCGCACGCGCCGCUUGAGGAAGCUGCCGCAAGGUGGCGGUAAAGAAUGUGAUGUGGUGGAGGAAGUAAAGCCUGCCGCUCUAGAAGCGAGCGCGCACUGGACCCCCGGCCCGUGGGGUCCUUGCCGAGUGGCCAUAGAACAACCGGCUGCUGUAUUACCCGCCGCUACCGACGAUGACAACGACGACGCGGAUGACAAUGAUGCGAUUUACGACGAGGAUGACAACGAGGCGGAUGAGGAUGACAAGGAGGCGCCGGAGGCCAACUGCGGCGGAGGCGUGCAGAGGAGGGAAGCGACGUGUGUCAGAGCUGACGGACGAGCCUUGCACCCGGCGCAAUGUGCUCACGCGCCGAUGCCUACGCUCGUGCAGCCUUGUGAGGUACCCUGUCCCCGAGACUGUGAAGUUGGCGAGUGGAGCGAAUGGGGAGCAUGUCAACCUACGGAUGGAUGUCCUCUAUUCCCUGUCCAGCAAUUGACUACUACUGGCUACAGCGUACGUCGCAGACGCGUGAUAUCCGCAGCUUCUGGUGGUGGGGCACCCUGUCCUCCUCUGGAGGAGAAGCGGACGUGCACCACCCCUCGCUGCGCGGCGUGGAAGGCCCUGCCCUGGGGGCCCUGUGUGCUGAACCAGCCGCAUUCUACCUGCGGGCCUGGCAAGCGCAGCAGGGAGCUAAGAUGCGUGGGACAUGAUGGGAAAGAAGCACAACGCGCCUGGUGCAGCGGCAGCGGCGCGCCAGCUCGUAGCGAGCGCUGCCGUAUUGCAUGCGCAGGCGACUGUGUGGUAUCGUCAUGGGGUGCUUGGGCGCCGUGUAGCGCUGCCUGCGCCGCGCCCGCGCAUCCACGCCCCACCCGCACUAGGAGGCGGCACAUCUUGGCACACGCUUCACCUGAUGGCUGGCCGUGCCCACCCGAAGACCAGCUCGUCCAGAACGAAUCCUGCAACACUCACGCCUGCGCCACAUACUCCUGGCUCGCCACUCCUUGGGGCCCUUGUGAGCGAAGGAGGCAGGAUUACAUGCCUAUCACUAACUAUACUGAUUUGGCCGAUGGCGAAACAUUCAACGAAAACGACGAUGAGGAACCGUGUGUGGAAGAAGGAGAGAUGACCAGAGACGUGAUGUGCGUCCAGAAUAACGCAGAUGUUGUACGCGAGGCAUUAUGUGCCCCACUCCACCGGCCAGCGUCUCGGCGCGCGUGCACCGUGCGAUGCCGGCGCGGCUGCCGCGUGGAGUCCUGGAUGCCGUGGUCACCCUGUCCUAAUACCUGUGACCCUGGAAAGCAAGUCCGCGUGCGAACUGUCCACGGAGGUCCCAACUGUGGGCCACGGCAAGAGACUCGUGACUGCCCCGUGGCGCGCUCGUGCCGGCCUCGUGACGCGGCCUGGGUCGCCGGCGAGUGGACCACGUGCCGAUUACCACCCGGCCAGCGCUGCGGAACUGGCUACAGGGUGCGAAGUCUGUGGUGCGGCUCUGACUCGCACCGCGUGGAAGCGGGCGCGUGCGCAGGCCAGCUGGUGCCGCAGAGCGUGGCCGCGUGCCAGGUGUCUUGCGACCUGUUCGUGCCUCUCACCUGUGACGUGGUCUGCAGCGAUCCUUUGAAGUACUUAGACGCUUCUGACCCCGAUAUUCCCAACUGCGUCUGCAAGAACGUCACUCUAGAACUUUUGCCUGCUGAUUCGGAUUGCAUUUUACCCCCUGGAUUGGAAUGCGGAGAAGGAAGAAUUUUGAGAGCGGCGCGGUGCAUGAUUGAUAACCGCGAUGUGCCCAUAGACAUCUGCAAGAAGUUCCACCCACUUACUGGACAAAGCCGAGUCCGCGAAGCGUCCACAGAUGGCUACACGUACGACGAGGAGUUUGGUUCCCUUCUCCGGGGCGCGUGUACUGUGAGAUGCGCGCGCGACUGCGCCGCAGGACCUUGGGGAGAAUGGGGACCAUGCGCUUCCGAACCUGGAUCUAGAGCUGCAUUCCGGUUCAGGACUAGAUGCGUGGACGCGGACGGCAACUGGCUGUCGGAGGCGGAGUGCGAGGCGGGCGCGGGCCCGGCGCCGGCGCGCGACGCCGCCUGCCGCGCGCCCUGUCCCGCCGACUGCGUCGUCAGCGCCUGGUCCGAGUGGAGCCCCUGCGAGCAGACAAAAUGGGGAGGUCGCCGCGAUCGAACGCGCGUGGUCCUUCGCCCAGCAGCGGACGGCGGCGCGGCGUGCCCGCACCUGGUAGCUGCGGAGCCCUGCGCGCCCCACGCCUACUCCUGGCACGUCGCGCCCUGGGACGACUGCCAGCCUCUUGGAGGGUCUCCGUGCGGUGAAGGAACUAAGAAGAGAGCAGUUCGUUGCCUCAGAAGUGAUGGAGUUUUCGUCAACGACUCAUAUUGUCCUAACACAACGGCGUCUGAAGCAAGGGAGUCAUGGUGCUACGUGCCGUGCGGUGUGGACUGUGAACUCGGCUCGUGGGGACCUUGGGAUACAUCGGCCUGCUCCUGUGGAGAUACCUCGGCUACCAUGCAUAUGCGACGAACAAGGUACUUAAUUCUUUAAGAACCCUCAAGAUUUUGUUACUUAAAAAUUACUUCGACCGGCGACGAAGCGGACGGUACUUGCGGGUGGGGCGUGCGGGUGUCGCGCGCGCGUUGCGAGGUGGCGGGCGACGCGAGCGCCGCGCUGCAGCCCUGGCGCUGCGCCCCUGCUCUACCCGGCCGUAUCGUCGCACCGCCUAUGCACUAUCAGCUUCUCAAGGAUUCUGUUGAUGAUGUUUUUUUGUAA